AUGGGCAUUCUAGGAAUAAUACCUGAAGCCAUGAUUGCAGUGAAUUCAUUGCUCCAACUGACCAAAAAUAAAUCUAGUAACGAAAUAUAUAUUCUCCUAUUAGAUGCGCGCAGGUUUAUUCUCAAAUUUGCACAAAUUGCUGAUAUGGUACUACUGCAACUGUACAGCUCUGGCCUGAUUUUUGCACCAUAUAAAGCGUUGAUUAGAGAGAUCUAUGAAAGAGAACUUCCUACUUGGUUAUCCAGAGGCCCAAAGCUACUGGCAUCCGGCUCGGACGACAAGACCAUCAAGCUAUGGGAUGCGGCCACGGGCACUCUUAAGCAUAUAUUAGAGGGCCACUCUGGUUUGGUUUACUCGGUCGCCUUCUUAAACAACGGGCAGCUGCUGGCAUCCGGCUCGGGAAACAAGACCAUCAAGCUGUGGGAUGCGGCCACGGGCGCUCUCAAACAUACAUUGGAGAAUCAUUCUAAUCCGGUUUACUCAGUCGCCUUCUCAAACAACGGGCAGCUGCUGGCAUCCAGCUCGGGGAACAAGACCAUUAAACUGUGGAAUGCGGCCACGGGCGCUCUCAAGCAUACAUUGGAAGGCCAUUCUAAUCCGGUUUACUCGGUCGCCUUCUCAAAUAACAGGCAGCUGCUGGCGUCCGGCUCACGCGACAAGACUAUCAAGCUGUGGAAUACGGCCACGGGCGCUCUUAAGCAUACAUUAAAGGGCUAUUCUAACUGGGUUUACUCGGUCGCCUUCUCAAACAACGGGCAGCUGCUGGCAUCCGGCUCGUACGACAAGACCAUCAAGCUAUGGAAUGCGGCCACGGGCGCUCUCAAGUAUACAUUAGAAGGCCAUUCUAAUCCGGUUUACUCGGUCGCCUUCUCAAACAACAGGCAGCUGCUGGCAUCCGGCUCGCACGACAAGACCAUCAAGCUGUGGGAUGCGGCCACGGGCGCUCUCAAGCAUGAUAUAAGCACUAAUAAUAUGGCCACCAGUGUUGAAUUUUCGGAGCACCUGCCACUACUGAUUAGUAAUAUAGGAUCUUUUGAUAUCCGAAACUACUAUGAAAGCUUCUUAACUUCCUCCGAGAAGGUGGCAGAGAUAUCUCUGGAAGCAGAUCAAUGGAUUACUGUGCAGGGUCAAAGAGAGCUAUAA